AUGUCGGAUUGUGAUUUUUUGUAUAAAGUGGUUGUAUUGGGUGAUUCGGGUGUUGGAAAAUCGAAUUUAAUUAUCAGAUUUACAAAGAAUAUUUUCAAUACACAACCAAAACCAACGAUAGGUGUAGAAUUUGCAUCAAAAUCAAUCUCGUAUGAUGGUGCUACGAUCAAGGGACAAAUAUGGGACACUGCUGGACAAGAGAGAUUUCAUGCUGUAUCUGUUCAGUAUCAUCGUGGAGCUCAUGGAGCAUUGAUGGUUUAUGAUAUUACCAAUAAGGAAUCAUUUGAACAUUUGGAAAAGUGGUUUAAUGAAAUUAGUAAACAAGGAGAGGAAGGAUGUAUCUAUAUUGUAAUCGGAAAUAAGUGUGACUUGGCAGGUCAGAGACAAGUCACUGAAGAGGAAGGUAAAAUUUUUGCAGAAAAGAGAAAUCUACUAUUUAUGGAAACAUCAGCAUUGGACUCGACAAAUGUGGAGGAAGCAUUCUCAAACAGACCAUAUAACGGAGCACUUGCUGGUGCUAAUCCAUCACCAAUUAAAGAACCACCACCUGCAAUAGCGGUGAUAUUAUAA